AUGCUUCAUGUGAGGAGGCCCUUGGCCUCCAGUAGGAAACAUGACGGUUGUAGUCUAUUCACACUCGUUGUAUUUAUUCACUCAGACGUUCGUGUUUCUAUUUCUUUUGUCCCUCCAGAGCUCCCACAGUCACGUGUCUGUAAGCAGGAGGAGGUUCUCUCUGACCAGCAGCUGUGUCUCCAGGAGAGGAACCCCAGUGUGGACCAAGAGGACCCAGAUCCUCCACAGAUUAAAGAGGAACAGGAGGAACUCUGCAGCAGUCAGGAGGGAGAGCAGCUUGAACCGAAGCAGGAGGCCGACACCUUUACGUUGACUCCGACUUGUGAGGAAACUCAUCACAGUGAUGAUGAGACUCCGUUUUUGAAUCCUGACAAAAGUCAGAGUGAAUCAGAGGCUCCUCCAGGUGAGAAGACAUUUUUGUCCAAAACACGUGGAAAAUAUUUCCAACAUAAAGAAAACUUGUCUGCCCACGUUAGAACAGCCCACAAGGUUGAUCAACGAUAUUUAUGCAGCACCUGUGGGAAAACAUUCACUGCGAUAUCACAUUUGAAGACUCAUACAAGAAUCCAUACAGGUGAAAGGCCAUAUCCCUGCAUCACCUGUGGGAAAAAGUUCACUCAGGGCUCAGCUUUAAAAUCUCAUACAAGAGUCCAUACUGGGGAAAAGCCGUAUUCUUGCAUCACGUGUGGCAAAACAUUCACUCAGGCCUCAGUUUUAAAAUCCCAUACAAGAAUCCAUACUGGGGAGAAGCCAUAUUCCUGCAUCACAUGUGGAAAAGCAUUCACUCACAGAUCACAAUUGAGGUGUCAUAUAAGUAACCAUGCUGGAGAGAAGCCAUAUUCCUGCAUCACCUGUGGGAAAACAUUUGCUUUUGCAUCACAUUUGAAGUCUCACACAAGAGUCCAUACUGGGGAGAAGCCAUAUUCCUGCAUCACAUGUGGAAAAGCAUUCACUCACAGAUCACAAUUGAGGUGUCAUAUAAGUAACCAUGCUGGAGAGAAGCCAUAUUCCUGCAUCACCUGUGGGAAAACAUUCGCUUUUGCAUCACAUUUGAAGUCUCACACAAGAGUCCAUAAUGGGAGAUGCCGUAUUCCUGUAAAAUAUGUGAAAAAGUUUUCAGAUUUUCUAGUAACUUCUUGCUCCACAUGAGAAGAAGCCACAAGGCUGAAAUGUCAUAAUUGCAACUCCUGUGAUGAAAUAUUCUGAAUGAAUGAUUACUUGUUGAUUUGUCCAAUAAAACAAGAUUGUAAUAUCUUAUUUAGAUAGUAUUUCUUCAGCAACAAAAUAGGAUAUUGUUGGAUUUACCUGUUUUUCUUUUUAAUCUUAAUCUAUCUGUUAAUGUUUUUGGGUAAUUAACUGUAAUCCCCUUGAAUCUUAUAGUCUUUGUUGCACAUUGAGUGAACAUAGCCUGAAAAUGUUUAACCCUGUUCAUAUAAAAUGUAUAUAUUCCUUUAUCUGAAGAAAUAAUUGUCAAUCUGACAAUUUCCUGCAAAUUAAAAUGAUCUCUUAAACUGACAAACUCGCAGUGAUGUUCACUAAUGAUUUUAUCCUGUGUUUUUUUCAUUUUUUCAAACUCCCAAAAAAAAU